AUGGCGCCAAAUGGCGACCGAGCCUCGCCAUCUAUGAAGGGCGAUCGACUACUACAGGCCUCAGGAUACAAGUUCACUUCAUCGACGAAGGGCACGAAGAUCAAGUUGAAAAAGACUCCCUUGAAGCAGAAGGCUACCAAGGCUGUCAAUGGUAGCAAAGAUGGCGAUGCGACAUCCACAUCCUCCUCUCCCGUUGUGCCACAGUUCGACAAGGAGACGCUCGACAACUUCCCUAGCGGCAAACUCGACUCGCUCGACACAACAAUUUGCAAACAUUGCAAGAAAGUGAUCUUGAAGAGAACGGCGAAGGAGCAUGUGGCAGGUUGUCUAAAGUCGAAGCAGGAGAAAGCCCGCAAGAAGAAGGAAGCUAGAGAGGCCGCCCAGCGCGCAAAGGAACGAGCCGAGCGCGGAGAUGACGACGAUGACGAUGACGACGAUGUUCGAGAUGGCAAAAGUAAGAAGCGCAAGGCUGAGGACGAUGACAAGGACAAGGAGCCAAAGAAGAAGAAGAAAAAGGAAGAGCCGAAGCCGAAGCAAGCGAAGACCAAAGGGCCGGUCGAUGUCGAGAAGCAGUGUGGUGUUCUUCUGCCUAACGGUGCGCAAUGUGCCAGAAGUCUUACCUGCAAAAGCCACUCAAUGGGGGCAAAGCGGGCGGUUCCUGGACGAAGUUUACCCUACGACAUGUUGUUGGCCAACUAUCAGAAGAAGAAUCAAGCUCGCCAGCAGAAGGCCGCGAUCGAUGCCAACGCACCACUCCAAGAGGAAGACCUGGACACAGCGCUCACAGGUCCUAUUGAUUCGGAUGAAGAGAGAGACGCUGUCAUGACCGCUGUCGCUCGCAGUCUCGCCCGCCCUCAACCACUCGUCACACAUACAAUCUUCCCAACAAGGCGGAAGUAUCAAUUAGUCCGAAUGAAAGAGAUGCUAUCCAACGCUCUCAAUGGCAAUAGGAACAGCAACAUGUUCGGCGUACCUCGAGACGUGCCGACAGCGACCAACGGCGAUACUUUUGCAGUCCCAUCAGCCGUGCCAUCAGCAUCUGCUUCGACCUCGACAGGCAUGGCACAGCCAGGAAUUAAAGCGCCCCCAAGGAAGGCGUCCGUUGACCCAACCUGA